AUGGAUCACGACUUUGUACCUGUUCCUCCAGAGAUGCAGCCGCACAGAACUCCAGGCCCCAGGACUUCCUUCUCCCGCAGCCACAUGCUGGGGCGCCAUACCCACCCAAGGCUCACUGGAGAAGUAUCCCCACUCAUCCCCGUCAUCAAGAAGGCUGUCCAUCUGGAUGCUUUUUCCCAAAGCCAUGUCCUACAGACUUCCAGCCAACCAGGUCUUAGAACCAGGGCCCGGAGCAUGCCCGCACAGGGCACGCACAUUGUAUCAGGGGCUUCCUUGAACCCUUUGCCUACCAAUAACCUUGUACCCAGGAAACUCAGCUCUAUCACCUUAACGAUUCGCCAGAACAUACAAGCACAACCUGUAGACUCCCCACUUUCUCACGGGGAAGAGUUGCCCAACUUGGGUAAGGAGGCUGCCACCUACAGAGAAAGGAAGCUGUCUACUUCAAGCUCACCUUCCACGACCCUAUGGCCAGAGGUCAGGGUUUCCUCUGAGUGUCGGGGGAACCAAGGUUUUACUAAACCCAACAGGAUGCCCACAGGGGAGAAGCUCCUUGUGAGUUCACAUCUGGCUUUACCUUUCCAAUCUCAGUUCACUCAGAAUUCAUCAAGCCUUGCAGGAUCAGGCCCUGUGGGUCAAGCCCACAUCAGAGCUUCACCAGGAAGAGGCAAGUCCCGGUCCAGGGGUAUUCCCAGAUCCCGGGCAUGCCUCCAAAGGGCUACUUCUCCUAUGGAUUUGUCCACUGUGGGGACAAAACUAGAUGUAGCCAGAAAUUUAGGCACAAUGGCCAACAGACCUGAGCUUCCUAUCAAUAUGGCCACACCAAACCCAUCCAGACUGGGCAUAGGCGCAGAGCUUCCUACUCUGGAAGCCAAGAUGGGCACAGCCAUGGACUUAUCUACAGCAGUCAGGUCAGGAAAAGUCAUCAACUUGGCGAAAGCAGGCCCGUCCAAGUCAGGCCCAGACGUGAAUUUGAUUGGAGUAGAGUCAACCAAGCCAGGCAAGGUUAUGAAUUUGGCAACCACAGACCCAGACAAGCUGGGAAAUGUGGUUAGAGCAGGUACAGCCACACUGGAUAUGACCACAGGUGUCUCAGCUGUCACUCUGUCACUAUCAGAUCCAGUCAACCUGGGCAUAAGCAGGCUGGGCACAGCCACAGUUUUGGCUAGAACAAAUAUAACCAAGCUGGGCACAGCUAUGGAUUCCUUUGCUUUGGACACAAGCGGGCUGGACACAGUCGUGGAUACACUUGUGACUGUCUCCCCAGAGCUAGCCACUAUUGACAACAAGCUAGACAGUGCCAAUAACCUGAUUGUAUCAGAUACUGCUGUCUACCCUCUAAUGCCGAGCAGAAGCACAGACCCAGCCCAGGACGAUGCCACUGGGGAUGCCACCACAGACAGAAUCAUGGACCUUGCCUCACUGGACUUGGCCAGAGAAUCCAAAGGGUUCCCAGAGACCAGGACAGACGCAGCCAUGUCAGAGCUGGUGCCUGAGCCCAGGCCUAAGCCGGCAGUGCCCAUGAAGCCAGUCAGUAUCAACUCCAACCUGCUGGGCUACAUCGGCAUUGACACCAUCAUCGAGCAGAUGCGCAAGAAGACCAUGAAAACUGGUUUUGACUUCAACAUCAUGGUCGUUGGCCAGAGUGGACUGGGCAAGUCAACACUGGUCAAUACACUCUUCAAAUCCCAAGUGAGCCGCAAGGCCUCCAGCUGGAACCGGGAGGAAAAGAUCCCCAAGACGGUGGAGAUCAAAGCGAUCGGACAUGUGAUAGAGGAAGGUGGUGUCAAAAUGAAGCUGACGGUCAUUGACACCCCGGGUUUUGGAGACCAGAUCAACAAUGAAAACUGCUGGGAGCCCAUUGAGAAGUACAUCAACGAGCAGUAUGAGAAGUUCCUGAAGGAGGAGGUGAACAUUGCCAGGAAGAAACGUAUCCCUGACACUCGUGUCCACUGCUGCCUCUAUUUCAUCUCCCCCACAGGACACUCCUUGCGACCUCUUGAUCUUGAGUUCAUGAAACACCUCAGCAAAGUGGUGAACAUCAUCCCUGUCAUUGCCAAGGCCGACACCAUGACCCUGGAGGAGAAGUCUGAAUUCAAGCAGAGGGUUCGCAAGGAGCUUGAAGUAAACGGCAUUGAAUUCUACCCCCAGAAGGAAUUUGAUGAGGAUCUGGAGGACAAGACAGAAAAUGACAAAAUCCGGCAGGAGAGCAUGCCUUUCGCUGUGGUGGGGAGUGACAGGGAGUAUCAAGUCAAUGGCAAGAGGGUCCUCGGCAGAAAAACACCCUGGGGGAUCAUCGAAGUGGAAAACCUCAACCACUGUGAAUUUGCCCUGCUUCGAGACUUUGUCAUCAGGACUCACCUCCAGGACCUCAAGGAAGUGACACACAACAUCCACUAUGAGACUUACAGGGCCAAGCGGCUCAAUGACAACGGAGGCCUCCCUCCGGUGAGUGUGCUGUGUGCCUCACUCAAGAGAUCUGGGGAAGGUUUUAUUUCAAAAUGCUGGGAGCAGGUGAGCCACAGACAACUCUUUCUUACCUCUGACCCAUCCACAAACUAGGACUGCAGAGAUUCUCCAAGGACAGGUGGCUGAGCUAGCCUGAGGUUUCAGGGGCGGGGAAGUUCAGGACAACCUUCAGUGUAAGUUGAGGUGAUGGGGAGUUAGCCUUGGACUUCCUGGGAAGAUGAAAGGAGAGGUCCUGGGUGAGCAGAGAAGUUGCUUGAGCUGCGUUCCUGCAGAAAGAAUUAGUGUCUGAAUGGAGCUUCACCCUUCGUCUGUGCCACGGUCGCUGCCCAGUAGCUGUCACCUGUCACUGCUGCAGCUGCUGCUCUCCACGCUCCCCAUGCCCGUUUCCUGGCUCGCUGCUCACCUCCUCUUCCCACCCUCUCUCCUUUUUCUCUUUUCCCUCUUUCAUAUAUAAGCCAUAUAUUUUCCCCCACCUGUCUCCUGCCUGGUUCCGACUUUUCACUUCAUUUCUAUAUUUAGAAGUUAUGCCUAGCCUACUUCCUAAAAAUGACUGUAGGCCACCCUAAAAUACAAUCACAACUAGAAGUGUGGGACAGCACACACGGAGACAACACGAGCCAUGGAGAACACCAGAGCAAUCAGUUUCUGAGCCGAGCACUGAAACAGUCCCUGAACUUGAAGUAGCAGAGCAAGGAGAGAAACAGUGAUGCCGUUCCCAGUGCUCAGUUCCCUAAUUCUGAAGCAUCAGAAACAAUACGCUGUAUUUCUUAGGUUUGGCUUCAGAGAUGAGUUUUGGAAGGCACGCCCCCUCUGUCAGCCUUCACUGCUAAGCUGGAUUCUCUGUGGCUUCAUUUGUCUGGUAUAUAUCUGACUCCUUUCUCUGUUCUCCCCUGCUUUUUUCUGUCUGUCUGUCUGUCUGUCUGUCUGUCUGUCUGUCUCUUUCUCUGCUUCCCUGAUUCUGGCUCCUUCUUCCUGUAGAUGUUCCCAGGGACAACCUCACAAUCAUACAUUCCGCCUUUUCUCACCUUUAUAAGCUCCGUGUUUAUUAAUGCAUACACUUCUGUUAAGUGCACAAAUAAGUUAAUCUUUUUCCUUUAGUUUUAAAGUCUUCUCUAAGGGAAACAAUUUAGCCUUAAGGAAGGAAAAUCACCAAGUGAUCCUGUUUACAACAAUCUUGUCCACCCUCCCACCUCCUGGUCUAGCUGAGGGGCUUAACUGGUCCUCGCUGAAUACCAGCAUUUAUAAUCCCAGUCCUUUAUCACUCAGGUGCCAGGAAAAACGAGAGAUGGAAAAUCCAUGAUUCAGUGGACCAGGUGAAAGAGGAGGGGUGAUCAGAUGACCCAUCAUCCCAAUCUUAUGGUCUCAGUCUUUUCCAGAGACUGAUUAAUCAAUCUAGCCCUCGUCCCUCUUUGCCCGUAAAGUUACUCCAGAGUAGGCUCCCAUCAGGCUAGAACAGUGUUAUUGGGCUCCCUGAGUUACAGCCAGCUGCGUUGUAUGGUGAUGACAUGGGACUGGGCAUCUAGGGCCAGCAGGGGAAUCCCAAGGGGUAAGGAUGGUGGGCCCUGGAGUCGGAGAAUGGUGCCUGACGCCCCCUGAUCCAUGGUCUCACUUUCCCUGGAGAAGCUGUUUUAUGUGUCUGCUACCACCUGCUGGUCUCCGCACCCUCAUCCGUUCUCAACUCCCCCUGCAGGGAGAAGGUCUCCUGGGCACUGUCCUUCCACCUGUGCCAGCCACCCCCUGCCCCACUGCUGAAUGAAGGCCAUUUCAAGCGCUGCUCCUCCCUCAGUCCUCUUGCUGCAGGGCCAAGCCCCUUUUAGUGCUGUGCUUGUCCAGCCCACCACCACAGCCCCCCUCAACCCUCAGAGGUGGGAGGGACCAGCUGCCUCUUUAGGACAGUUGCUUCCUCCAUUUAGCCAAAUGACUCCUGACCUCCCAGUGGAACGGAGUUUGCGCCAGCACUACUCUGCCCCAUCAUCUGUGUCCCAGCCCAUCUGUAGGGAGAAAGAACUCACCAAGAGCUUCUCCUGCCCUUGCAAACCCAAGCCAGCUGCUUGUAACCAUCUCCCGGGGACAUGGCGUUGCUCCCUGUCCAUUAUCCGCAUGAGCUGCUCUUGGCUUCCUUAGAAGGUCAAGAAAGCGACAUUUCUGCUUGUCUGAGUCACUGAGGUCAGCUGUGUGAGCCCCAGUGUGGGACAAGGGUGUCUCCUUCAUUGCUUAAAGGUAUUUAGAAGGGUGAGUCAGUACAGAUGCUGGGGAGCGAGGGCUAGCAUCAUUAAAAAUCACCGCUGGUGGCUGGCCCAGUGUGUGAACACACCCUCUCCACCCCACAAUGCAGUCAUUUAGGAAGAGCGGAUUUCCUAAGUGACUGCUGCAGUUGACUUCCUUUUCCACAAAUAAAAAAGUGAAUUAGACACACAGGAAACCCCCCAAACCCACAAGCUAUAGGAAGAAAAACAGCACCCUUCUGUACACUGAGCAAUAUGAAGGAUCUCUUCCCACCUCCCCUGACUGUUCCCACUCCCAUCCUCCACCCUGUUAAUGUGAGUAAUGCUUUAGCCUGACCACAGGUGGUCACUGUAGGCUAAUGGAGAAUACCCAGUGGAGGGCAAAGCCUCCAUCAGAUGCAUGAAUGUUUGCGAGUGUCGGCUGCCACUGCCCUUACACUAUGUCUUUAUAGAACCCACCCUCACCCACCUGCACCCACCAUCUCCACCAGGACACAGCUUGCUCAAAGGCUGGUGACUUGUGGGCCAUUUAUCUACAACCAAGUCCUGAUGGAACAAGAGGCCCAAGCCUAGGGGAUGCAAGAACGACCCAUUUCUAAAAUGUUGCCAGUCCCAGCCAACCUUUUGAUGACAUUCUGGUUAAAUUUCCCAGUUGAAAACAAGCCAACAGACACUCAAACUGGUCAUGUAAAUGUUGCUAGACUUUGUGUUGUACAACUAAACAUGCUGUUUGAACAAUA